AUGAGGUCUUUGGCCAGGCAUAACGACGUUGUGUUAUUCCUCAAAGUACUGAAGUCGUUAGAUGGUGAUAUCGGAAUAGAAAGUGCUAAAAUGAGCUCUAAACUGACCACAUCGAAAACAGCUGACCAGAGAGAGACGAUGGAGCAUAUCAUCGUCGACAUGUGUCUUCACUGGGAUAACGGGUUAUUGGCUGCGUCAACUGUGCUGAAGCAUCAUUAUCCCGAAGUUAUAGUUAAGAGGGUGCUGGAUUAUCUACUGCUGAAGGACCCGAAGAACGAUGAAAUUGCACUGGAUCUCAUCAUGAAGAUCACGUCAAAGUACAACUGGAAGUUCGACGUAUACCACACCAGCCAGAUUCAGCAAAAGAUCUUAGCGUUAUACACCAAUAAGAGCGUGCUAUCAAAACUCACAAGGUUCUUCUCAAACCAUAUAAAGGCCUCAAAUAACGAUUUUGAAGUUAGAAGCACUUACGAGUUGAUUUUGAAUGAUGCAUCUAUACAUAACAGAGCUGGUAUGUAUCGGAACUGGAGAAGAAUUUCACAGGUAUAUUCCAACAUCAUGGACUAUGAUCUUCAAGUUGUAUCUAUAAUGAUCAAGGAGUUCUUAAAGUCUAAGGGAUACCAAAAGCUUGCACAAGACUUGAUACAGAGGAUCCCACAUGAGCAUUACACGCAUCCCUUUUUGGUAGAUUCUAUCAUGCGAUACGCAAUCUUACAGAACGAUAUCGAUAUGAUAAACGAUAUCGUUGAAAACCUGGAAACUCCAGUUCCACGGCCAGUUCUAAGUACCUUGUUGAAAAUGAAUAUGAAGCUGGGAGACUACCAAGGACUGGAGAGGAUUAUGUCGCAGAUCUCUCACUCAGGUAUGGAGAGUAAAGACUACGCUAUAAUAGUCGAUGGACUACUACAGAAGGGGGAUCUCAUGGACGCCAUCAGCUUUACGCAUGGAAUUCCACAACAGUUAUCCCAUUCUGCAUACCUGAGGAUUGUGAAUCAUCUGGUUUCCACAAAGGGACAGUUCCAUGAGCGAGAGUUGGUGAUUGUACAAGAUAUUGUUGAUAAAUGUCGAUCAAUGUUUGAAUUGACACAUCCAUUCUGGACCAUGUUGAGCUCCCUUUAUAUAAGAUACCUGACGAAGACCUUUGGGUACGCAGGCGUUUGGAAGUCCAAGAUGAUCUAUGAACGCUCAACACAGGAUUUCCUUUUGGAUGCGUAUUCACGCCUUGGGUUGAAGUCUCCUGUUAUGAGCACAGACAUAUGUCGGAACCCAUGGGGUGUUCAAGAACAGCAACAUCUCAUAAGACUGUCAAUUGGGCUACAAAGCCGGAUUAUUGUCGUGAAGACAAUCUUUGACAAGGCAAGAAAACAUAAUAUGAGAGAGGUGAUGGAUUGGGCUCUAUUAGAGCUCGUCGAACUGGGGAUGUCACCGGAAGACCUAAGAAUUGACAUAACGAGAUGCUACAAUAGAGAUGCUGCACAAGUUGGAUUUAGAGAAAGUGAUAGUGAACAGCAGUUCAAGAGAAUCUGGACAAAGGGGUGCGACUACUCCGUAAAAGAGUGUGAACCAUUGCAAAAAUAUGAACGCACUAUGUGCGGAAACUAA